AACUUAUUAAUAGAUAUCAUUUUGUGAAGUUCCACUCGAGCUCGAAUUUAGAGAGGAACACACUGUAUUGAAUUCAAAUACUCCGUCUUGCUGGAAUUUCGUUUGGAGAUUGAGAGAUCGCGAAGCCAGAGAGGAUGAACGGCGGACAAGACGAAGCGAAGGGAUUUCUGUGGAAGCUACCUGUGGUUAAGUCGAAGGAGUUAGGAAAGCUCGGUCCCGGUUUCGGACUCGGCAUCGGGUGUGGUUUCGGAUUCGGCGUCGGCCUCAUUGGAGGAAUGGGGCUCGGUCCUGGGAUUUCUGGGUUGCGGAUCGGGUUUGGACUGGGUGCCGGGUGUGGUGUUGGAUUAGGGUUCGGGUACGCUAUCGGGCGGGGCAUUGGGUAUGAUGACGAGCGCAAACACUCCAAUGUUGGCUGGUCUUUCCAUCGCAAUGGCAAAUUUCCCAGUACGAGAUUAAUUCCCUAAUUGAUGAGCUUGCUAAGAGCACCAAGAAGCUGGUCAGGGAAACAUCUCGGGAGGUGGACAAAUGGAGGAGACACAAUUAGCUUGAAAAACUUGUAAUUACAAGUGUUGAUCAAGUAAAUGAAAGGUUAAAAGAGCCGGUAAAUGUAAAAUAUCCAAGGACUGAUGUGCCUUGAGAAAAAUGAAAUUCUAGUUGGUUUCACUUUGUACAUACUUUAUGUGAAUUUACUUGAAAUAGAAAUGACAUUCAACGAGAAUGGGAAAAAAUGGGUCGCUUAGUGCCAAAGGUUGCAAAAUCUGCUUCCAAUCUAACAAGGGUUUGGCAGUUGAGGACUUUGAGUUGAUGUGAAGUAAAACUAUUGUUGGAUGAAAAAGCCAUAUUUGAGCUUCCCCACAAAGUGUGCGGCAACCCAAAUUCUAUACACAGGUGUUGUAGUGGGUUCAUGCACUCCAAGGGGUGAUGGCCAACGCCCUUAUUCACCUGGCUAAGUGAAGCAAAUAAUUCGAACAACAACGGUGUAGGAAUGGGACCCCUCUGUCAUCAACGCACUUGAUGAGUUCCAGAGCUCACAGCUUUGCGUGGUAGCCUAUUGGAGCGUGCUGGUUAGCGCGUGCUGGGCAUGUGACUUGUGUUCGCCGGUAAAAAAACCUUUUUCGAUAAAUCCGGCAGCCAGGAUUAAUUAGGGCCCAAAAAUAUUCUAGGUAAAUCCAAGGGUUGGAGUUUAGAUAUAACGGUUAAAAUAAUUAAUUUCAUUUCAUAGCUAUUUUUUUAAAUGUGUCCGAUAUUUCUAUACACUUCUAUGGUCAUUUCCCCUCUUCUUUGUACAUCAUUCCUUACCAAUUUUAAACACUAAUUGAUAACAUGACUUCACAAAGAAGAUAUGCUAAUUGGAGUUACAAUGAAGAUGUUGUAUUAUGCAGUUUUUGGGUCGCUUUUUCCGAAAAUGAUGUGGUCAUAAUAAAAAGCGGGGGAUUCACUUUGGUCUUGUGUUCAUAUGUUGUUUAGCCAAAACUUUGAUAUCAUAGUUCAAAAUUAUAAACACAAAUGUUUUUUUGUGGAAGAGAAGAUUGGGAAAGACAAAUGCAACCCCUAGAAGCGGGUAGCACAUGUCUGAUAAGAGUUAGCCUCCUCCCC